UGUUUAUGUUGUUUCUGUGUCAUUAUCAUAUUGAUUUGUUUGUUUUUUUUGUUUUGCUCUUUUAAUCGAAAGAAUAUGUGAAGAACAUGCACAAGUUGAAGAGGAAUGCGCUUGCAUUCUGUCAAGUGAACUUGGAGAUUGCCCAAAAUAUUCGGGAGGAAGGCGAGAAGCUGUCUCAAGACAGUAUUUCUCUGGAUGACAGUGAAGUAUUUAAUCCAGAUUUUUUGAGUCAAAUUGACGACAUAUGCAAGCGUCAUUUGGAAGCGAAAGAUAGUGCAAACAAAGUUGAUCCUACAAUUUCACUAUUGGUGAAGCGGACUGUGGAUUUGGAGUUUGAAAGAAAUGAAGAUGUUCCUGAUUUGGAUUCUGGUGUUCAUGGAGUUGAAGAGAAAGAAGAAAAUGAUGAAAAAGAAGGAGAGGAGGAUGAGAAGAAGAGGAAUGCUGAUGAUGAUCAGCAUAAAGAUGAUGAUGAUGAUGAUGAUGAUGGUGAUGAUAAGGAUCACCAGAAUUAUAAUGAGACAAAGGAUGAUGAUGCUGAUGAUAAUGAUUAUGCUGGUCUUCAAGGAGAUGAAGACAAAGGAGGAGAUAAGGAUUUGGAUGCUGGUGUUCAUAGAGAUGGAGAGAAAGGUGGAAGUAAAUUCCUCUUAUUGUAUUGUUUCAGUUUGUUUAAAUGAAAAAGUUAAAUAGCUAACUAAAAGAAUAAAAAGACCAACUGAAAAGUCUGAUACUCUAACUUAAAUAAUAUUAAUACUAGCUGAAUAUCAUAUAAAUACCAAAUGAAACUUUUGCUAUUUGUUUUUAUUUAAUCUGGUGGAAAAAUUGUUUCAGUUUGUCAAUGAAUUGAUUCAUUUUUGAUUUUGUGUUUUUCAGUUAUUGUGUAUUUAUAUUUUUUUUUUAUUGUUUUUGUUUUUGAAUGAAGAUAAUGAGAAAGAACCAAAGGAAGAUGAUAAGAAGACUGACAAUGCUGCUGAUGAUGGUGGUCUUCAAGGAGAUAAAGAGAAAGGAGGAAAUAAAAAGUUGGAUGCUGGGGUUCAUGCAGAUGGAGAGAAAGGAGGAAGUAAGUUUCUUUGAUUUUAUAGCUAAUUGAAAGAAUACAAAGACCAACUGAAAACUGUGAUGCUCUAAAGGAAAUAAUAUCUUAUAAAUAGCAACUGAAAUAUUGUUUCAGUUUGUAACAAUAUGAAAACGAACUGAAAAAUAAAUAGGGCUAACUGAAGUACUAUAAAGACUAGCUGAAAAAUAAACAAGUCUAACUGAAGCACUAUAAAGACUAGCUGAACAAUAAACAAGUCAAACUGAAAGAAUAUUUAGACCAACUGAAAACUUUGAUACUCUAACUGAAAUAAUAUUAAUACCAACUGAAUAUCAUAUAAAUAUCAAAUGGAACUUUUUCUAUUUAUUUUUUAUUAUUUUGUUUUUGAAUUAAGAUGUUGAGAAAGAACAACCAAAGGAAGAUGAUACGAAGACGAGGAAUGCUGAUGAUGAUCAACUUAAAGGGGCUAAGGAUAAGGAUAAGU